CCCACCGCUUCUUCAUCUCGCCAGUGUGAGUGUCAUCAGAGCUGAUGGGUGGAAGCUGCCGUGAAGGUCAGUUCUGGGAUAACUUGGUCAGAAGAUGUAUAGGCUGUCAAACGAUAUGCAAAGAUGAACGUGUCGAUCCCAAAUGCACCAGUUACUGUGAAUCUGCACAUUGUAAAGCACGGCCUGGCCACUACUAUGAUGGGCUGCUAAAGAAAUGUGUAAAGUGUGAUGAGGUUUGCGGUGGACCUCCAGCAGAAUGUUCCCAGCACUGCCAGAAGAUAUUCUUACCAUCUAUCCCCCAAGCACCACAAGUUCCAGUGACCACCAAAAAGCUCUCGGUUGAGGUUAUGUCAUACAUGCCGAAUUCCAGAGGGACCUUUGUGCCAACAACCUUGGAAGACUCGACUAUUCUGCUCUAUUCUCUGUUGGGCCUGUGCAUGGUGCUGCUGUUCUCUAGCUUGUCUUUAGCCUUGGUAGUCUUCGUGAGAAAAACCAAGGCCAAAACCUCCAACUCAGGACCCAGAGAGGCUAACCACAACCAGGAGAGUGUGGUCCAGAUGGGUCAGGAAGUUGGCCGACCUGGGCAGAGCUCUACAGAUUUUAUAACAAAUUCAUACCGCACCACUGACCGCAAGCCAUCAUAUGACUCAAGCCCUACAGAAACCUGCAUCUGUGUCCACUGUUUCCCCGAUCUGAAAGCACUAGGCCAGGGCAACGACAGGCCACCAAGAGCACCUUACACAUUCUACCAGCAACCUGCAAUUCAUAAAGCCCAGUUCCAAAAUGGAGGACCUGUCUGGACUGAGGAGAACCUAUACACCUCAGGAAUGGAAAUGCAGGAGGAGCCUGCAUUGGGAUGA